AUGAGAGAAAAUCCAAAUCCAGCAAAAAAUCCUGAAGAUCUUGAAUUUGCUGGUGAAAAUUUCGUCAGAUACACUGGUGACACUCAAUCACACGCAACAGCACAACUUUUUGCUUGGGAAGCUCAUGGUAAAGGUGUCGAUGUUCAUGUUCUAGCUGAACCAACAAAACUUGAACUUCUUCAAAAGGAAUAUGAGUCUAAGAAGGAAGAGUUCAAAGAUAGUGUCAAAGAUAAUGUUCUUCAACAAUAUGGUGGAGAAGAAUAUUUAAAAGUUCCUCCUAAACAACUUCUUCUUGCCCAGACAGAAACGUAUGUAGAGUACGCGAGAGAUGGAAGAAUUAUCAAAGGUGCUGAAAAGCAAAUAAUAAGAAGUCGUUACGAAGAAGACGUUUUGAUUAAUAAUCACACUGCAGUUUGA